AUGUUAAGAGACUUAAACCAACCACAAGGUGGUGAAGCAAAUGAAAUGUCAUAUGACGACAAAUAUAGACACUUCUCCAUGGCAAAGAUGAGACAAGUUUUAAAUAUUUACAAUAGCCGUAAACAAAAAGGUUUGGGAAACCACUCCCCCGAAGAAAUGAAAAACAACCCUGACUUAGAGAAAGACUAUAUAUUUAAUAAUUUAGUCAAAAGAGACAAACAAGAAAGAAUGCCGGGCUUCAAACUUAAGAAAGGUGACAAAGUAAAAAUAGAAAUACCUAAACGCGACCCAUAUGAAAAUACUAUUGACUAUGACAACAAUGGGAACCCGACAGGUACUCACAUUCGUGUUCGUAAAAAUAGAAGAAAGUAUACAAGAGAAUAUUAUGAAGUUUUAGGCAAACAUGGCAAAAUGUACAGACUGCAAGCAGAAGAUAAAACUACUAUUGUCAGACCUCGUUUCAAACUUGUCAAAGUUCAAGGUGGUAUACUUUCAAAGACAGUUCCUAACAAAUAUAAGACAACUCCUGACGAAUAUGCUAAAGAAGUUGAAAAUGACGACUAA